AAUCUAGAGAGAGAGAGAAAGAGAGAGAUGGGUUCUACUGGUGUGAAUGAGAAACCUCAUGCUGUGUGUGUCCCAUACCCAGCUCAAGGUCACAUAAACCCAAUGAUGAAGCUAGCAAAAGUCCUUCACUACAGAGGCUUCCACGUAACUUUUGUCCUCACUGAGUACAACCACAAGCGCCUGCUCAAGUCCAGAGGCCCCAACUCCCUCGACGGCUUGCCGGACUUCCGGUUCAAGACCAUUCCCGACGGACUCCCUCCUUCCGACGCCGACUCCACCCAAGACAUCCCUUCUCUCUGUGAAUCCACAACCAAGACUUGCCUGCAACCUUUCUGCACCCUCCUUUCGAAACUCAACGACAAGUCGUCGGAUUCCAACAUCCCGCCGGUGACUUGUAUCAUCUCCGACGGUUGCAUGAGCUUCACUGCCAAAGCUGCUGCUGAGUUUGCAAUCCCUGAAGUACUCUUCUGGACCACAAGCGCUUGUGGGUUCUUGUGUUAUACACAGUACACUCAUCUGGUGGAAAGAGGACUAACACCAGUCAAAGAUUUGAGCCAUUUAACAAAUGAGUAUCUGGAUACAACUUUAGAUUGGGUACCAGGAAUGAAUAACAUUCGGUUGAGAGACUUUCCAAGUUUCAUCAGAACAACAGACUCAAAAGACAUCAUGCUCAACUUCCUCAUCAAUGAAUCAGCUGUGUCCAUCAGCAAAGCUUCUGCUAUCAUUUUGAACACUUUCGACGCCUUGGAACAAGAAGUACUGGACGCUCUCUCCGCUAUGCAUCCUCGUCUGUACUCCAUCGGUCCUCUACACUUGAUGGUCAACCAUAUUUCGGACGAAAGAUUGAAAUCUAUUGGCUCCAAUCUUUGGAAAGAAGAACACGAGUGCAUCGAAUGGCUCAACUCACAACAAACCAACUCAGUGGUGUAUGUAAAUUUCGGAAGCAUCACUGUCAUGACACCCAAUCAACUCACUGAGUUUGCAUGGGGACUUGCUAAUAGCCAAAAACCAUUCUUGUGGAUUAUAAGGCCCGACAUAGUAACAGGUGAGAAUGCAAUUUUGCCAGCUGAGUUCUUGCAUGAGACUAAAGAAAGGGGCAUGUUGGCAAGUUGGUGCCCCCAAGAGCAAGUCCUUACCCACGCGGCGAUUGGAGGGUUCUUGACACACAGUGGGUGGAACUCGACGAUUGAGAGUGUGACCGUUGGGGUGCCGGUGAUCUGCUGGCCGUUCUUUGCAGAGCAGCAGACGAAUUGCCGGUACAGUUGCGUGGAAUGGGGCAUAGGCAUGGAAAUAGAUAGUGAUGUGAAGAGAGAGGAAGUGGAGAAGCUUGUGAGGGAGUUGAUGGAGGGAAGGAAAGGAAAGGAGAUGAAGGAGAAGGCAAUGGAGUGGAAGAGGAAGGCAGAAGUGGCUAGUGGACCUGGUGGUUCUUCUCAACUUCACUUGGACAAAUUGGUCAAUGAAGUUCUCUUGUCAAAGUGAUUCCACGAACUUCGAUUUGUACUGGCUUUGGUUUAUUUCCCAAUCCUUUUUUUGGUUAUAUAUUUG